GCUGCCGGGGUGCUGGGGGUCGUCAUGGUGCUCGCGCUCGUCAUCCUCAUCCCCGUGCUGGUCAGCUCCGCGGGCACCUCCGCGCGCUACGAGAUGCUCGGCACGUGCCGCAUGGUGUGCGACCCGUACGGCACCAGGUCGCCCACGAGCACCGCGACGGCGGACGCGGCGCGCGACGGCGGCCUCGCGCAGCCCCUGCCCACCUUCAUCCAGGGUCCGAAAGGGGAGCCGGGGCGUCCGGGGAAGGCGGGUCCUCGGGGUCCUCCGGGAGAGCCGGGGCCGCCCGGACCUGCCGGCCCGCCCGGGGAGCGGGGAGACCCCGGGCGACCAGGACCCCCCGGACCGCCCGGACCGCACGCGGCGGCGGGUGCCAUCAGCGCGGCCACGUACAGCACGGUGCCCAAGAUCGCGUUCUACGCGGGACUCAAGAAGCAGCACGAGGGCUACGAGCUGCUCAAGUUCGACGACGUGGUGACCAACCUGGGCAACCACUACGACCCCGCCACGGGCAAGUUCACGUGCUCCAUCCCGGGCAUCUACUUCUUCACCUACCAUGUGCUGAUGCGCGGCGGCGACGGCACGAGCAUGUGGGCGGACCUGUGCAAGAACAACCAGGUGCGGGCCAGUGCCAUCGCCCAGGACGCGGACCAGAACUACGACUACGCCAGCAAUAGCGCCGUGCUGCACCUGGAGCCCGGCGACGAGGUCUACGUCAAGCUGGAUGGCGGCAAGGCGCACGGCGGCAACAACAACAAAUACAGCACCUUCUCUGGGUUCAUCAUCUAUGCCGACUAA